CUACUAAUUACCUCGAGCGAGCUCGAGGUGGAAGAUGUCGUCGUCGCGCGGGCGCGUGCUUGCCCACGCUGGCGGCCUAGCUCCCUGGACUCCUUCGGUUGAGCGCAGCGUCGCCUCCCUUCCCCCAGUCGUGCGCCGCCGCCGCCGUCUCCGCAACCACCACCAGGCGCCGGCGCCGAUGCCGAUGGAUAUCUUGGGCCAAUCAAUCCCGACCAUCGCCUCCCUCUUUGGGCUUACUUUACAUGGGCUUUGUGAUGGGCCUGGCCCACAAAAUUACCCCCAUCACUAUCAGUCUCUCCUUCCCCUUCCUCACACGAAUCGAAUCGGACUCGGGAGCCCUUCCGCCGCCGCCGCCGCCCCGAUGUUGGGACACCUCCGGCGAUCCUCCCAACGACUGCCCGUAGCCAACCUCGCCGUAUACUCGAUCCAGAGUUCACAUAUUGAGUUCAUAGCCGGCUGGUGUAGAAACCAUUCUACCAGGAAUUUCUCUGUAGAUACAAGUAAUAAAGUUUCCAACGAUCGGGGGUAUCAAUCAAGGGAGUUGAAACCAAGCCUUGUGAAGGAUGAUGUUGCAAUCAUCAAACACAUACAAAACAGUACAAAGGAAUUGAAACAAGGGCCAGUUGGGAAAAAUCUAUCAUCGGCAGAGAAAAGGAAAUUUCUUGUCAACACUCUGCUUGACCUGGAAGAUUCAAAAGAAGGUGUUUACAGCACUCUGGAUGCUUGGGUUGCCUUUGAACAGGAGUUUCCUGUGGCCUCGUUAAAGCAAGCACUUGUAGCUCUUGAAAAGGAGGAACAGUGGCAUAGAAUCGUCCAGGUGAUAAAAUGGAUGCUGAGUAAAGGACAAGGGAAGACUAUCAGAACAUAUGAGCAAUUAGUGUGUGCGCUUGAGAAGGACAACAGAGCAGAUGAAGCUUGCAGAAUCUGGGAGUUGAAGAUAGCCCAUGAUCUACAAUCAGUUCCAUGGCGGUUUUGCCGUCUUAUGUUGGGUAUUUACUACAGAAAUAAUAGGCUAGAUACGCUUGUCAAGCUCUUCAAGAAUCUUGAAGCAUGUGGUCGUAAACCUCCAAGCAAAGAUAUUGUACGGAAAGUUGAAGACACAUAUGAAAUGCUUGGUCUAGUAGAGGAGAAAAAGGAAUUGCUUGAGAAAUACAAGGAAUUGUUUGACAAGCCAUCAAGUAAUGAUAGAAAGAAAGGGCGGCAGUUCAAAAAGGCUGAGAAGAACACGAAAACCGGCUAGACAUGUAGUGAUGCCUGCACCUCUAAAAUCUACAGCAUCGAGCUUCCAGGAUGGCAUAAGCUUAGAGCUUCACAGUGCAGGUUGGAAACAUCUGAAUAUCUGCCAGUCUCUUGCCCUUGAGUUUCACAAUGCAAGUAUGUAUCCCCCGGAAAAAAAAAAUAGAGUAUGUACGGUAGUACAGUUGUUGGAAUAUAAAGCUGUGAUCAUUGUUUCCUACAACUGUCGCUUCAAGCAUUGUUGUCAUUCCUUUUGCCUCCGUCCAGAUUUGUUUCUGACAGUGUAUCCAUACUCAGAUCAGAGCCUGAUGUGAUGCAGCAAGCAAUGGUAUUUGCUAUGCCCUCUGAAUGUUAAUACAUCCCGUAUUUUUUAACUGAUGCUUCCAACAAAACACUGCUCUGAAUGUUAA